AGAAAUAAGAAAAUUCAAAGGUGACGACUUAACCAGUCCACAGCUAAAGUCUUCCUCUUAUCUAUGUCUUCUUCAUCAUUGGUUCCCCUUCUCUUCUCCACUCCCUACUUCUACCAACUUCUAUGAAUAGCAAUCAUCAAUUUCAUAACUUAAAAAAAAUCAUCAAACAAACACAAUUUUCCUCUCUCACCAUGUCAACCUUUCACUUCCACACAAUUCAACGCUCUAUCUUUCUCCUUGCUUUUUUUCUUCAAUUCUCAUCAUUACAAUUCCCCUCACUCGGAUACGAUCCUCAAGACACAUACUUCAUCAAUUGUGGAUCAGAUAUCGACGUGAAUGAAAAUAACAACCUUUAUAUUGGUGAAUCAAACCAUGCUUACCCGAAAAAAUUAUUCAGCGAAAGUAACUCCAAAGUAACAAGUCAAUCACCAGUGUCUUCACCUCUCAACCAAACAGCAAGAAUUUUCCUUUCCAAUUCUUCCUAUGAAUUCAAAACCGUUCCAAGCAACACUUACAUGGUACGUUUCCAUUUCUUUUCAUUCUCUUCACCAACUAACCUUUCCUCUGCAAAAUUCACCGUUUCAGUUCCUGGUUUCCUUCUGUUACAUAAUUUCAACGCUGAAAACACCACCAACUCUCCUUUAGUAAAAGAGUAUUACGUUAAAAUCAUCAGAAAAAGAUUCACAAUCACUUUCACACCUCAAACAUCAUCAUUUGCGUUUGUUAAUGCAAUUGAACUCUUUAUGCUCCCUCUUCAUUUAAUCCCCGAUUCAGUAGCACGUUUCAAUUACAUCGGUUCUACUGGUCGGGGCUUAACUACUUAUAGUGGCGGUUUACACUCACAACGAUCGUUGGAAACCAAACUCCGUCUUAACGUCGGUGACCAAACUGUCGAUAGAGGAACCGAUACAUUAUCGAGAGAAUGGUUAGCAGAUGACAGUUAUGUAACUAAUCCACAAAACGCUAAGAAUCGCUCCUUUGACGUUCAUAUUCCACGCACUGCAAAUGAUACAUCUGAUGGUCCAAAUUCAAAUCAAUAUAUUGCUCCAGACAGGGUUUAUCAAACUGGCAAAGAGAGUAUUAACGGUUCUAGCAACAUAAGUUGGAGUGUUCCUGUAGAGAAGAACGUAGAUCAUUUACUUAGGUUUCAUUUCUGUGACGUUUUUAGUAAUCGACAGUCUGGUCUGACAGAUUUCCUUCUCUUAAUUUAUGACACUUAUGUUGUGAAUGUCAAUAAUGACACAAGUUUGUCACUACAGAUGCCUUAUUAUUAUGAUUUUGUGGUUCAAUCCGAUGCCUCUGGGAACCUGAAUGUUACCGUACAACCUAAUGUGUCGGAUUUUGUACCGAAUGCAUUUUUAAAUGGGCUAGAACUAAUGGAAGUGAUUGAACAAUCUAGUGAAAUUCCCCCGGAUGAUAUGGAUUCGAAGGUUAGUCUUCCUGUGGUGGUGGGUUCGGUUGUUGGAGGUUUAGUUUUGGUUUUGGUUGUGGUGGUUUUGUUUCUUUGGAUUAGUAAAAUCAGGAAACAAAGGCCUGUUGAAAAUUCCGAAUGGUUGCCAAUUCCAGCUGCCAGAGGAGGGAGUUCUCACAGCAGAUUAACUGAUGCAACAGCAAUUCAAGGCUCCCCUUUACCUAACAUAAACCUCGGAUUGAAAAUCCCCUUGCUUGAUCUUCAAUUCGCAACGGAUAACUUUGAUGCAAAGAGGAUAAUUGGAAAGGGUGGUUUUGGAAUUGUUUAUAAGGGAGUUCUCAGGAAUGGAGUUAGUGUUGCAGUGAAAAGAAGUGAGCCAGGGUCAGGUCAAGGACUACCUGAAUUUCAGACUGAGAUAAUGGUUUUGUCAAAGAUUCGUCAUCGACACCUUGUUUCCUUAAUUGGGUAUUGUGAUGAAAGGUAUGAGAUGAUACUUGUUUAUGAGUACAUGGAAAAGGGGACACUUAAAGAUAGUUUGUAUGGUGCAAAUUUGCCUAGUUUCUUGACUUGGAAGCAAAGGCUUGAGAUUUGUAUUGGUGCUGCUAGAGGUCUUCAUUACCUUCACAAAGGAGCAGCUGGUGGAAUCAUUCACCGCGAUGUGAAGUCCACUAACAUAUUGCUUGAUGAGCAUCUUGUAGCUAAAGUUGCUGAUUUUGGUCUUUCAAGAACUGGUCCUCUUGAUCAGCAUUCUUAUGUCAGCACAGGUGUUAAGGGAACUUUCGGUUAUCUCGAUCCUGAGUACUUUAGAUCACAACAGCUUACAGAAAAAUCUGAUGUGUAUUCAUUCGGCGUGGUUCUACUUGAAGUUUUGUGUGCAAGACCAGCCAUUGAACCGUCCCUUCCAAGGGAACAAGUGAACUUAGCUCAGUGGGGAAUUUUUUGCAAAGACAAAGGGCUAUUGGAAGAUAUCAUUGAUCCUUCCAUCAAGGGACAAAUUGAUCCAAACUCACUUAGAAAGUUUAGUGAGAUAGUGGAAAAGUGCUUACAAGAUGAUGGUUGUGAUAGGCCUUCAAUGGGCAAUGUUUUGUGGGACUUGGAAUAUUCUUUGCAGCUUCAGAGAGGUGCAGUACAUAGAGAACCUCAUGAGGAUAGUUCUAUCAGUGCUUCUGUAUCAAUUCAAUUGCCCAAUGUUCGCCGUUUACCUUCUCUGAAUACACUGAGUGAAGUGGAUGAUAUGUCUAUGUCUAUUUUGAGGGUUAUUGAUGAAUCUGAUAGUGCUGGGCAUUCUGUUUUCUCUGAGUUGAACCUUGAUGAUGCCAGAUAGAUUUUCAUGUCAUGUCCUUCAAGAUACAAUGAUCAACUUUCAAGUGUCUCAAGUAAGUGGAGGAGCUGUUUUUAUUAGAUGGCUGACUUAUCUGUUUUUUUUUAAAGCUAAAUUAACCCACCUAAAUUGCCACUGGGGAGAAUCGAACCUGAGACCUCGAGGAGGAGCACACUCCCAGAUCCCAAGCCAUUACCAUGAGACCAACCCAAGUGGGUUGGCUCACUUAUCUGUUUUGUCCUUGUUUCCUUGUAUUUUUACAUCCUUAGUUAUUAUCGUUGCUGGUCUAUUCUAAAUUGUAAAAUUAUUAUUGAUGAUGAUGCUGUAUAUUUUUGAUGCUUGAAAUAAAUUGUUGGUAAUUAUGUGCAUUAUAUACAGCAGUUGUUUGAGUGCUUGCACCAA